UAUUUUUUUUAUUCAUAUCCAUCCAUCAUUAUUUCUACAGCAAUGUGUCACGUUCUUGUGUUGAGCUUGCUAGCCAUCUGGCUUGCGGCUUUGUUUAGACUCCAAGGAUGUAAAUCCAGCCUAACGUAGCUUUAGAAGUGAUGAGACACAAAAGCUAAACCAACACAGAAUCCAGUUCAAGAAGUUAAAGCAAAGGGGAGAAGUGUAGAGCUGUAUGAUGUGUGUGGGGGAGGGAGUCCAUCAUUAAGAGAAGUGAGAAGUUCCUGGUUUGUAAGACAAGCAAUAUGAAGACAGUAUGUGGCACUGCGGUCUGUUUCAUCUUUCUCACACUGCACGAUGGAAACUCUGGUCAAGUCAAUACAGGAAUUCCCACCUAUAGAAGAACGGAAGGAGAAAACAUCAGAGUUGAAUGCAAAUUUUCUUACUCUGGAACCAAGAAGUUCUUCUGUAAGGGAAAAUGUGAAAAAAGAAAUAUCCUAAUUGCAACAACAAAGAACGCAGCUAAAAAUGACAGAUACAGCAUUCAGUAUGUAGAAAGAAGUGUUCUGUCAUCUGAUAUUCUGUAUGUGAGCAUCGGUCAGCUGAAAAAGUCGGACACAGGACCAUACAUGUGUUUGAGUAAAACCUGGCUUGGUGAUCUGAGCCAUGAGUUUUACAUUCUUGUCACAGAAGGCUCAACAACAAAAACAGAAACAGCAACAACAACAACAUCAACAACAAAAACAACAAAAACAACAAAAACAAUACCAACAACAGAGACUUCAGUCUUCAGUUCAGAAAGUGCUGGAGUUUCAUCAGUGUCCCCUGAAACCUCAAAACAGCCCCAGAGAUCGCCUGCAAGUUCAGCUGCUGCAGGUAUGCUUCCUUAUGUGGGUCUGUUUCUGGCCAUUAUGAUCAUCCUCUUCUCGGCAGCUUUGCUGAUUUUCUGCAAGAACAAGAGGGCCAGUAAAGACAAAGGACCUUUGGAAAAUGAAAAUGGUGACAUCACACAGGUGAACCAGCUCUAUGAAGAGAUCAGAGAAAUGGACACUUUGCCUCCCCUGGGUGUGUCCUCAGCUUACACGUACCCCAAAUACUCCCAAUCCCAUGGAUUUGAAAACAUAGACUUCCACAGCCUCAGCACCCCUCCUCAGAACACAGCUGAAGACAACUCAAGUACUCUUCAUUACUCUGAAGUCGAUUUUUCCCACAUUCCUGCCACCAACAGCGCUCCAUCUCGUAAUGCAACUGAUGCUAUUUACUCCACACCUGUGGUACACACCAGCCCCUCCAGCAACACCAAAGAUUCUUCAUCUCCUCUGUACUCAGCAGUUAAAAAACGGUAUUAAUGCUGCCGAUGGCACCUUCCCUCUCACAAAGAUCAACAGGUGUUCGUAAUUCAUAGAAAAUGAGGUUCUUUUCUGCUUAUUUAAGUCAACUGAAUGUUCAAACUAUUAGCCUCGGAUUAAUUUAUUUAAUUACUUAGUAAUAUCUACUUUAACUUAACAGAUAAUUGAUUGCAUGCAUACUUUUUGGAAACUGGAGUAUUUUCCAUUAACAAAUACAGGAAAACCCAACUGACAUGGAACAUCCAUUGCUGUGUGAGAGCAUGCAGUGGUCUCAGGUCAGUCAGCAGGUUGUUCUUGGAGAAACAUCCAUAAAUGGAGUUAGCAAAACAGCUUCUUUCACAUGUAGAAAUUUACCUCAAGUGAUGUCUUUCUUGCCCAAACCCAACAAAACUGAGACUGAAAAGUGAAUAAUGGCAUGAAAAGCUGCAGAAAACUCAAAAACAUUCUGUCAGAAAACCCUAAAGACAAGUUCACUAGAGACAGUUUCUGUAUACUUUCUGUUGGCAAUGUAAACAAGCAAAAAAAAAAAAAAAACAUGGAUGAAUUGAUUUAAAAUAUUAUUUUAAUAAAGCUUUUGGGACUGCACUCUUCUUGCCUCAUUAUCCAGUGUUUUCGAUCAUACUUGGCUCCCAUAAUCUCUAUAAUACAUGGCGCAGUCUUAUUGUUCAGGCUUGAAAGUGAAGCUGAUUUGGAAGGUUCAACAAAUCCAGCAAAUCCAACCACAUGUUAGACUUUAAUGUGAAGAUGCCUAAAUCCACAGAUGAAACAAAAUGCAACCCACCAUAAAAAAACAAAUAAAUGAGCAAAACACCAAAUUGAAUUAUAGGCCCCCAGCUUUGCUCACAAACCUGCUUGUUUGUGUAAUUUUGUACUGACACAGACACUGAAAGUACUGUGUUAAUUGUUUUUAUAAUCUUAACAAUAUCACAGUUCUGUGGGUUAUUGGAUUUGCACAAGGAUCUUUGUGUUCUUAUUUUAGUUUGCUUCACUGUGCUCAACCUGAUUUUUAAAUCUUAAUUAAAAUAAACAUGAACAUCGACAGUUUUUACUGUAUGGUCUUGAUUGCAGAAUAUUUUUAUAUAUAAAGGUACAUGGACUGGUUCUUAUAUAGCAAUUUUUACUCUAUUUGAACACUCAAAGUGCUUCAUACAACACGCCUCGUUCACCCAUUCACAGACAUUCAUUCUGUUUUCUACAUCUAAAUUGUUUCCAUCCAACAUUUACACACAUUUAUACUUAUGCACGUUUCUGCUAUUAAUUCAUAAAUACAAACUAUCCUCUAGUGCAAAUGUAGUAGUACAGGUCCUGUUGUGCCUGGUUAUUUUCCCCUCUGCAGCUGUAUUGUAACACAUGGUGAAGUUUUUAUUGCUAUUGUAAACGUAUUUAUGGUAUAGCGUCUGGUUCUGUGUGAAGUCAGAUGGAAGAGGACUGUGCAGUGUUGUACUGCAAGACCUCCCUCUUCUAUGUGGUGAUAACCCAGCUAUAAACCUUACCAGCAUGUACAACGCAGGUAUUUUUUCCCAGUGAGGAAGCACUACAUCAUAGUCGAUGGAUCAAAAACUCAAAGGCACCACCUAGUGGCGAUGUAUGAGAACUCAGAAACGGUGGUGUCGUAAAACAAAUUUUCACUUCCAUCUUUAUUCAUGAAUGGAUGCAAACACACCUUUGCUGCAUUCAUAAUUUUAACAAAAAUGAAUUGUCUGCACCACAAGUUUGACUGAACGAGACCAGCAAAGUUGGAAAAUAGAAUAUGUGUUUGGUGCAGGUAAUCUAAUUUCUAAAAUCAAAAGAGGAGGGGGAAAAAUCAAGCUUUCAAAUUUGCGUAGAAAGAACAAGAGAAAAAAAAGGUUUGCCUUCAAAUGUCAAACUACAAACUGCAUCACAAAGCCACAG